AACGUUUGGGUAGAACUGAAAUGGCAUGAUUACCGCCUGCAGUGGGAUGCGGCUGAUUACGACAACAUCAAGUGUUUACGAAUCCCCUCCACCAUGGUGUGGCUGCCAGACAUUGUCCUGGAGAACAACAUCGACGGGGUGUUUGAGGUCGCGCUGUACGUCAACGUCCUGGUGUCCCCCGACGGCAGCAUCUCCUGGCUCCCCCCGGCCAUCUACCGCAGUGUCUGCCCCAUUGUGGUCACUUUCUUCCCCUUCGACUGGCAAAACUGCUCCAUGGUGUUCCAGUCACAGACCUACAAUGCCCGUGAAAUCAACCUGCUGUUGACCGUCGAAGAUGGGCAGACAAUAGAAUGGAUCUUUAUUGACCCCGAAGCUUUCACAGACUGGCAGGAGACAUUAUCAGAACUCAAGGGCACAUUCUAG